AACCAGCUGAAAAUGUCUCAGAAUCCUGACAAGCUAAAUUCAAGUGAAGAAAAGCUGAGUGGUUUGGAGGAUGAUCAGGAGGAAAACUUGGACAAUUCAGAUCAGUCUGUCCGAAAAAGAAUACGGCAGUGUGCUCCAGGGUCACACAGAGAUGAGACACCAAAGUCCAGUUCCUCUCGUCCUGUGUCAAUAGAAGAGCUCAUGGAGACAGCCAAGGGAGUCACCAACAUGGCACUGGCACAUGAAAUUGUGGUGAAUGGAGACUUCCAGAUAAAACCAGCUGAAUUGCCAGAACACAGCUUAGAGAAGAAAGUCAGAGAUAUUGUGCAUAAAGCUUUCUGGGAUUGUCUGGAAGCUCAGCUAAAGGAUGACCCCCCGACAUAUGAUCAUGCAAUUAAGCUACUGGGAGAAAUUAAAGAGAGUCUUCUGUCUUUCUUGUUGCCUGGUCAUACUAGACUGAGAAACCAGAUUACAGAAGUUCUUGACCUGGAUUUGAUAAAACAGGAGGCAGAGAAUGGGGCCCUUGACAUUUCUAAGUUGGUCAAAUUUGUUAUUGGGAUGAUGGGGACUCUCUGUGCUCCAGCUCGAGAUGAAGACAUUAAGAAACUGAAAGAUAUUAAUGAAAUAGUUCCUCUUUUCAGAGCAAUUUUCUCUGUAUUAGACCUAAUGAAAAUGGAUAUGGCAAACUUCGCUGUCAGUAGUAUUAGGCCAAAAUUAAUGCAGCAGUCUGCUGAAUAUGAAAGAAGGAAGUUUCAGGAGUUUCUUGAGAAACAGCCAAAUUCUUUAGACCUUGUCACAAAGUGGUUGCAAGAAGCAGCAGAUGAUCUUACAAAGCUUGGACAUGAAAUGUUGCCUCCCCACUGUAGUGAUGGUGCCACUGGUGGAGCUUCUGCUUUGUGCUUCACUGCUGUACAAAAUCAAGCCUAUCUGAAGCUCCUGAAGUGGGAUCACAUGAGCAGGCCUUUUCCAGAAACCGUGCUCAUGGACCAGACACGCUUCCUGGAGAUCCAGCUGGAGCUGGAGCAGCUGCUCGUGGUGGGGACAGUGCUGCUGGUCACGUUCAGUGCAGCAGGCCCAGCACUCAUCGAUGUGCCUGGAUUUGCUGAGAAAAUCAAAACCAUCGUCAAGGUGCUGCUGACGGGAAUGCAUCUUCCCUCCUUUAACCUGAAGGAAUCCCUGGCCACUGUGGGGGAGAAGGUAUGUGCUGAAGUGAACAGCUGCCUUUCCCAGCAUGGCUUUACCCCGUUCUCCGCUGAGAGAGAGGCUGUGCUGAAGGGACAGAUCCAGGCAGUGGCCAGCCCAGAUAACUCCAUCUGCAAGCUCAUAGAUUCUCGAAUUCACAAGUUUCUGGAGAAUUAUCUUGCAUCCAGUCACCAGAAAUCAUUGCCUGCCAUUCCUGGAGGAUUAGGCCCUAUUCAGAGGGAGCUGGAGGAGAUUGCUGCCAAGUACAUUCGUCUUGUCAACUACAACAGAAUGGUCUUCAGCCCUUACUAUGAUGCAGUCCUUGGCAAAAUACUGACUAAGGAAGAAUCCCAAAUUGUAGGGAAGUCAGAAGAAUCAUAA